UGUAGGAUAUGCUUCUAUAAACCUCUUUCUUCCCAGAAACACUUGGAAAUCCUCCUGCCAGACAGACUGGGUUCUGAGUGACCUGGUGAAUCCUUGACUCUCCUUGGGUGGCUCCUGGCUCUCUUUGGGAAUCAGUUCCACCGGCCUAUGGCCAGAGAUGGCCACUUUGCCCCACCAAGAAGCACUUGGAAGAAGUCAGGGGGCACACAGGUGUGAAACAUCAAUAGGACAGGAGGAAGGACCAAGCGACCGCAGGAGCCAGGAGGACAAUUUCAGCUGGAGCCAGGGACCAUCCACACUGCGGCUCCUCCUUCUAGGGAAACAUGGUGCAGGCAAAAGCGCCACAGGAAACACCAUUCUGGGCAAAGCCGUGUUCGAGUCCAAGUUCAGUGAUCCUGUGGUAACCAACAGGUGCCAGAGUGCGAAUGUGUUGGUGAGAGAGGAGUGGGUCACGGUCAUCGAUACCCCGCCUCUUUUCUCACUGGCCUGUACGGAGGUUAGGCCUCAGAUCCUGCAGCAGAUCUUGGAGCUCUCGGCUGAUGGUUUCCAUGCGCUGCUCCUCGUCACUCCCAUUGGCCACUAUACAGAGGAGGACAGAAAGACCAUUGAGGGCAUCCAGGAUGAGUUUGGCCCUGGAGCCUACAGACACAUGAUUGUGGUCUUCACUCGGGAAGACGAGCUUGGUGAGGACUCAUUGCAAGACUACAUCGACAGCAAGAAGUCUCUUAAGGAGUUGCUUGAAAAUGUUGGAAGUCGAUACUGUACUUUCAACAACAAGGCAGACGAGGAGACGCAGGAACUGCAGGUGUUCCGGCUUCUUGAUAGGAUCAAGAGUUUGAUGGCAAAAAACCCUGGGCCAUAUUUCGUGCCCUUGAAAAUGGAAGGCAGUGGAGUGCAGGGUUGUGAGAAUAGAGGGACAUGUGAAGGAGACGAUCUGUGUGGUCCAGAGAAGAGGCAGCCUCAGAUCACAGGACCUGAUCAGGAUUCAGAGGUGCCAGAACUGAGGGUCCUCCUCAUAGGGAAGCGAGGUGUUGGGAAAAGUGCAGCAGGAAACAGCAUUCUGGGGAACCAGGCCUUCAAGACUGGAUUCAGAGAGCAGCAUCAGGUCACCCAGACCUUCACAUCGCACAGCAGGAUCUGGAAUGGGAAGAAAUUUCUGAUCAUUGAUUCUCCAGAGAUCUCAUCUUGGAAGCUUAAUGAGUCUGAUGUCAAGAAGCAUACCUUCCCUGGUCCUCAUGCCUUCCUACUGGUGACACCACUGGGCUCUUCCAUAAAGAGUGAUGACAAUGUGUUUGGUAUCAUCAAACAUAUUUUUGGAAAAAAAUUCACCAAGUUCACAAUUAUUCUUUUUACCAGGAAAGAAGAUUUUGAAGAUCAGGCUCUAGAUACGUUAAUAAAGGAAAAGAGUGCUCUCUUUGAUCUCGUUCUUAAAUUUGAAAAAAGAUACACAGCUUUCAACUACCGGGCAACUCUAGAGGAGAAGCAGAGCCAGGUGGACAAACUCCUGAACAACAUUGAGAGCAUGGUGCAACACAAUGGUAACAAGCCUUGCAUCUUCAGAGAGAAAGAACUCUUAAACAUCAUCCUCUUGGGAAGGAGUGGGACUGGAAAGAGUGCAACUGGGAACACUAUCCUGGGGAGAACUGCCUUCGUCUCUCAGCUCGGAGCUCAGCCAGUCACCAGUAAAAUUAAGAGUGACAGGACCACAGUGGACUGGCAGGAUAUUGUGGUUGUGGAUACUCCAUCAUUCAUCCAGCUGCCUGAUAUUCAAAAGGAUCCUUCCAGAUUAAAUGAGGAGGUCAUCCAAUGUCUGUCUCUCUGUGAAGAAGGCAUGAAGAUUUUUGUGCUGGUACUCCAAUUGGGACGGUUCAUCCAAGAAGAUGAGGAAGCAGUGGAGCAACUGGAGGCCAUUUUUAAAGAACACGUUGACAUUAUGAAAUAUAUGAUUGUUCUGUUUACACGGAAAGAAGAUCUAGGGGAUGGGGACCUUCAUGAUUAUACUAAUAACACAAAGAACAAAGCCCUUAGAAGAAUACUCAAAAGGUGUAAGGGGCGAGUUUGUGCUUUUAAUAACAAAGAAACUGGUCAAAACCGGGAAACCCAAGUGAAAAAUCUGUUGACAAUAGCCAAUGGUCUCAGAAAGACAUAUGAGGAGCAUCCAUUUUCAUGGGUGAAUUUUGGCUAUCAAUUAAAAACAACACUAGCCAACAAAUUGCUAGGCCAUCAAAACAAUGAGCCCAAGUGAGCAGUUAAAAGUCCUGGGACAAUUUAGGGAUGCCGUUAGACAGAGGUGGGUUGCAUAGGGGUGGCAGGACAAAGUUCAUAACUUUGAAUGCUGAGGGAUAAAUGUGUCUCAUGUUGGAUAUAGGAAUUUUGUAAAUAAAUUGUCAAGUGAGGCCAAGCAGUAAGGAAUUAGAGAACAAAGAGAAUAAGGUAGAGAAUUUGGAAAUUGUCUUAAAUAUCAAGAUAUUAAGGGUCAAAACCACUUCAACAGUGUUGCUCAGAUAAAGUCAGGACUGAUACAAUAGCCAAGGCUCAGAUCAAUAUUGAUCCAAAUAAGACAGUACCCCAAGAACCAGGGUAUUCAGACACACACACACACACACACACACACACACACACAGCACAGGCAUGCCCAGCAUGCCCUUGGGCAUGGCAGAAAGUGGAUGUGAGCAUCAACAUUCCAACAUCAUUCUGUCUUUGUGCCCAGCUUCACUGGUAUGUGAAAUUUAUUUCAUGGUAUUCAGUACAUGGCUGAGAAGAUCUACUGGAAGUUUCCUGAGGUGAAAUGAACAGUAUGAAAUCUUCUCCAAAAGUCUAUUAAGGGUCAGACAUUUUAAAGAUCAGCUGCUUUCAUAUGUCCAUUGAGGAUAAAUGUGUUUAGUUACCUUCAAUAUUAAUCUACUGGUAAAGUCUGAGAAUUAAUGUAUAUUUUUUAUAUUAUACUUUAUUUUAGCUGAGAGGCUAAGAAGUGAUCCAACUACCAUUGGAUACCCCAUACUUUUUAACACUGUAAUCUCUCGAAAAAUGUAUGUGUAAAUAUUGAGUUGAAUCAGACAAUAAAGAUGAACUGGAUUAUGACUUUA